UACUGACGUGUCCUCUCCGUGUCUCAUGUGGACUCCAGCUGAUCUCACAGGAUGAACCCGCUCGCCGCCCUCAGCGUGGACCGCACGCCGCUGGUUGGUGAGACCUACCGGCCCCAUGUAGGACUCUUCUAUCCCGGGAUCCGCCCCCCCUCAGAGAAGCUGCCUCUGGGCUACGACCUGGCCCUGUUGGAUGGUCAGAAGUCUGGACUGACCCGGCCUCCAGUUCUGCAGAAACCCAUGGUAGUCCCUACUGCAGCAGGUGAUGGUCUGGGUCUGGACCAGCAGUCAGAACCGGGUCUGAAUGGUACGGGGGGCUUCCUGAGACUGCCGUGGAUAAGUCCUUAUGCUGAUGCAACGAUGUACCCCUUCCUGGACCUGGCAUGGCAGCCCUCCCCCUUCCUCCACCAGCAGCUGGUGUACCAGUCUCUGUGUGCUGCAGGGGCGGGGGGCAGCACACCUGGAGACCACGGACUGGUCUACCUGCCUCGUUAUGCCCAGACACACCUCCCCCCUUUAGGCCCUCCAAUCAGGUUCACUGCUGCCACUCCAGGGUCCACCCUGACCCCCGGCCCAGACCCGGCCUUACAGGGGGUCAGUCCUCAUCAGGAACAAUCUGCCUUCAGCACCAGUCCACCGACCCACCAGGAGGCGGAGCCUCAAGCUGUUCACGUCACUCGGAGACAACAUGGUGAUGGAAAGUCCAAUCAGUUUUCUUUCUCCAAAAACACUCCGAGCAGAAACAGUCGAGGAGGUAGCGAUGCCCCCGUCAGCAGCUCAGGGUCAGACCUCUUCAGGAGCACCCCCUCAUCCUCACAUUCAGGGUCUCAUACUUUUAACAUCAGCAGGCUGAACUCUGACCCCGGCACCGCUAUAAGAUCAGGCAGCAACCAAACCAAAGAUGUUAUCUGUAGUUCAGAGAGGACUUCACCUGCCAAAACCCCCGAGGACAAACCUUCAGAUCUGAGGGCCAAAGAGCUUCAGGAACUUUCAAAUGGAUUCCCGGCCCCCUUAGAGACUCUGAACACGUUGGGGUAUUUACCACAGGCUAGUUAUGGGUUGCUAAAGGAUGGUCUACCUUCACCUGUAAGCACACACACAAAGACUCCAGACUGUCCUGAAGCGAUCCGGUCUCUGUCCUCCCCUUGGGUUGACAAUGUUCCCAAUCAUUCACCAGGAUCCACCAGUACACCAGGUCCAGGUCCUACCUCAGGAGGAAGACCUUCUGCAUCAUCUGCGUCCCCAAGAGCCACCCCUUUUCAUUUAGAGAAAGUAGAUCCAAACAGUAAAGGAGAAAGUCGGAUCAGCUCUGAAAAACAGAGAAACCUUCAUCAGCAGGAGUCUGCUGAGAGAAAUGGAAACUCCUCCAGUCCGGGCUUUGGAGACUCCUACCUCCCCCCCGGCUUAGGCUACACAAACCGUUACAUCCCAUACGCAGUGGCUGAGAAUAUGAGCCUGCAGCGUGCACCCGUACCAGGGAAAGGAUCUGCAUACCCUCACACAUUCCUGCUGGGCAUCGGCAGCUUUUGUCCCUCCCGCCUUGUACAAGAACACGGCCUUCCAUUUGGAGUCCAUCCUAAAAAGGGUGACUUCAUGGCAUACCAGAACACCAAGGUGCCCCUCCCACCUGAACCCUCCCACUCAGGACUCGACCGACUGGAGACCAGAACCAGGAGAGCAGAAAGACACAGGAAUCAGGACUGCUCUCACGUCAAGAGAGACAAGUCAAAGAACCAAACUGUGAAGGCUUCAAGCAGAACUCUGACAGCUGCCAGAGAAGAUUUCAUUAUCGACCUGGUGCAUGAUGAUGAUCAGAGCUCCACCAUUAGAGAAGAUUCCACCAAGACUGGUGUAAGGAGCGGUAACCACACCCAAGAAAGACCGCCAUGGUCUUCAGAAGACCUCCAUCCAAAGCAAGCAGUAGAGCAGAGACGAGGCGAGCUAGACCAAACACCCCAACCAGGACCUCCUCUUCAGAUCUGUCAGGAGAUCCUGGAGGAACCACUGAGUCCAUUCUCAGACCUGACAGAGGAGCAGACGAUGCGUUGUGCCAGAACUUCUCCUCAUCAAUUUUCUAGAAAAUGUAAACCUGGGGCGUCUGGUGGAGACUCAGUGAUCAGGGUCACUAGUGAACAGGAUAACGGUUUAAAGACUUUAGAGACUUCAGCUGACAGCAAUGUUAAAUCUGAUCCAACAUCCUCAAGAGAUGACGACCCACUUGGUGAACAGAACUCUAAGAACAUCAUGGGAGCAGAGUGUAAAGUCAACAACCAGAACAAUCCAGCUGAUGGGGGCAACUGUCCCUUAGACAGUCCAGUUAGCAGCAGGACGGGCUCAGCAUGGAGCAGUUUGAAUCCCAGGGCUCCAGCUGGAAUGGUUAAGACCAACAGGGAAUUUGUGUGUGGUAACCCUAACCCAAGAAGAUCUCCCUCUACCAACGAGGAUAAGAGUCUGAGGACACCAACCUGUGAACCCAGAGUCUUCAUCAACCCCAGACUCCCCGACCCUGAAAACCACAACCCUUUGAACUCAGGUGGUGGGAACUUCAACCUCAGGGAUCCUGCAUGUUCAGAUGCUGAAAGUAACCCGUCUAAAAGAAAUAAUCAGACCAGUGUAAACCAUCUCUGGGUCCCUACAUCUGGAAAUCCCCCCAAUCCAGACUUUAACGGGAUGCCUGCAGAUCUGACCUCUGACCUCAGAGCUGAGUGUCUUUCCUCCAGAGAGAUAGAACCACCAUCCAGUGGAGACGGGGAGAGAGAAAUCCAGGACUCUCUGGAUCUACAAACAGACGAGGACGAGGGUCCCGGCUGCAGCAUGACCCGGCGCUCCGGCCUCACCAAACGGAUCGCUAACUCAUCCGGCUUCGUGGGCGACCGGUUUCAUUGUGUGACCACGGAGCUCAAUGCCGACAGCAGCAAGCUGAGCCGCGAGCAGAGGGCUCUGCAGCGUGCGAUGCUGCGAUUCUCUGAGCUGGAGCUGAAGGAGAACGAGGAAGGAGGAGGAGGAGAGGAGGACGAGGAAGAGAAGGUGAUGAUGACAGCAGUAGACAGCCAACAGAGAGACGCAGGGAGAGGAGAAGAAGAGGAGAAGAGUGAGGGAGGAGGAGGAAGAACUCCCUAUGCAGCCGCCGCUGAGGCAGCGACAAAUGAGGAAGAAAACAAAGAGGAGGAAGGAGGAGGACUUCAGGAGGAGAUGAAGAAAGAGGAGAGACAAACGGAUCUGUCUCCAGGCCGAGGCCUCUCUCCUGGACUCUCAGGUUCAGACUUCAGGAGGAGAAUCUUCAGUCUGGAGCCAUUUCACCAGAGCAGCAUCACCAGCAGCCGGCUGAAGAGAGGGAGGGAGGAGGAGCAGGAGGACAAGGAGACGGACUCGACCCCCGAGGACGUGAAGAAGCUGAAGGUUUGCAUCGAGCUGAACGGCCUCAGACUCAACAAACCCCGCCUUCCCGGGGAGCUCAACCAAUGGCUGCUUCCCAGCCAGAGGUCAGUAGAGCCGGACAGGAAGUUCAGGAUGGACGUCCCUGGUAUCAGAGCACCCAACAGAGGCUGGAGUGACCCGAUGACCACAAAGAGGGAUGACCCGAGAGUGUUCCCUCCCACCUCCACCGCCCAUCUCCCCAUGCAACCUUUCAGCCCCGCCCUCCUCGCCUCCUCCCGCCUCCAGGACAAACACCAGAGGCUGAAGGAGAGCCGCAGGUCCUCCACCUUCCUCCCUACUUUACCUCCUCUUCCUCCGUCCUCUUCUGCUUCCUUCUCUCCGUUUUGUUGCCGUGACAACAACGACCACAGCGAGCCAAAGGGGAAGCGUCCCUGCAAGAUGAAGCACACGGGAGGAGAGCGAGCGAGCGACGAGGAGCAGGAGGAGAGAAAGGCUUCUCUGUCUUGCUCGCCCAGCCCUUGCCCUCUCUCUCCACAGCACACACAACCAGCCCGUCCCCUCCCUCCUGGAGCUCGUCGAUUAAUCGUGAACAAAAACGCCGGAGAGACGCUUCUGCAGCGUGCCGCCCGCCUGGGAUAUGAGGAGGUGGUGCUGUACUGUUUGGAGCAACAGGUGUGUGACGUUAACCACAGAGAUAACGCCGGGUACUGUGCUCUGCAUGAGGCCUGCGCCCGUGGCUGGCUGGGGAUUGUACGCCACCUGGUGGAGCACGGAGCCGACACCAACUGCAGCGCUCAGGACGGCACCAGACCGCUUCAUGACGCUGUGGAGAAUGACCAUGUGGAGGUUGUCCGUUUUCUGUUGGCCUGCGGCGCAGACCCCACCCUCACCUCUUACUCCGGACGAGGACCCCUCAACAUGACCCACAGCGCUACCAUGGAAACAUUCCUGGAGGACUAUCUCUCCGACCUCCAGGGGCGAUCGGAGGGCGAUCCAGGGAUCUACUGGGAGUUUUACGGCGGCUCAGUGUGCGAACCGUCUACAGAGAGCCCAGUGGUCAACGUCCUCGCCGACCCUCCAGGGCCGGAUCAGGAGGGGGACGAUGAAGAGGAGGGCGAGGACGAGGACGAGCGUGUCAGGAGGGAGGUGUUUGAGUUUGAACUGUCCGACCGGCCGCUCCUCCCCUGCUACAACAUCCAGGUGGAGGAGAGUCAGGGACCCAGGAACUGGCUCCUCCUCUGCGAUGUCCUGGGUCGACUUCGGAUCACGUCUCGGUCGUUCCGCCGCCUCUUCCCUCAGCUGAACGUUCAGUCCAUCCCUGAGGACCGGUUCUACCAGCAGGCUUCUCUGUCCCAGCUCCUGACGGGUCCAGACCAGCAGGAGCUGUCCCCCUUCAGGCCCCACGUGAAGGACCCUCUGGAGCUGGUGGAGGCCACGCCCGAGCUGGCCGGCAUGCUGGGCUCCUCCAUGGAGUUGGUGGACAGUCGCCGGGACUCGACGGAGGCUUCACCACCUCCAACACCGCCCCCCCUACCGUCACCACCCCCCCAUCGACAGGCAGUGUCAGCAGCUAAUGCUAACAGAGCGCUUCAGAACAGGACGCCAGGGUCUGCCCCCCGCAGAGGACUUCAGGAUCCAGCUGCUGGGUGGGAAACCAACAUGUGGGAUCAUCACGGGUCACAUUCUGCUCACCUGGACUCCAAAACAGACUCUGGUCGAGGGGAACAGCAAAGAACCUGGAUCCCAAAGUCUGCUCACCUGGACUCAAAGAUUGACUGGAGCGUGUCAGAACAACGACAAAAGCUAAGUGACGAUACUAAAGAUAACGCUGUUAAUCCAGACUCCAACGUGGACUUCCACAAGUCUGAACAACCAGAAACUAGAGACGCUGGGAACCCGUCAUGUGCUAAACCGGACCAGUCAGAACCUCAAGAGAAACUCUGUGAGGACAGUGGGAACGCUAACAGUGCUAAAGGGAACGCUAACACUGCUAAAGGGAACGCUAACAGUGCUAAUGGGAACGCUAACAGUGCUAAAGGGAACGCUAACACUACUAAAGGGAACGCUAACACUGCUAAUGGGAACGCUAACAGUGCUAAUGGGAAUGCUAACACUGCUCAUGGGAAUGCUAACAGUGCUAAUGGCAGUACUAACACUGCUAAUGGGAACGCUAACACUGCUAAUGGCAGCGCUAACACUGCUAAUGGGAAUGCUAACAGUGCUAAUGGGAAUGCUAACAGUGCUAAUGGGAACGCUAACAGUGCUAAUGGGAAUGCUAACACUGCUAAUGGGAACGCUAACAGUGCUAAUGGGAAUGCUAACAGUGCUUACUUGGACUCUGUCAUGUGGGAUCAACAUCAGGGAGGAAAGAAGUCUCGAGGGAAGAUUUCGCUCCAGUCAAAGCGUGCGAUCGGUGCAAACAUGUGGGAACCUCAGCGACUGCGCAGUAGAAGUUCUGUGAACUCAAACAUCAAAGUGGACGCUGUGACGCCACGACCACAGCAAAUAGAAAACAAGAACACGCCUCUUUCUGUCAAGUCAAACAGUUGUGUUGAUGCUAACACGACGAGCGAGGUGUCAGGUUCCUCUGCAGGGAUCAAUGUUAGCACAGAAGCUAACAGGUGGGAGCCCCAGGGAAUAAAGAGAGUGGGAGGAGCCAACACAGCGCCUCCCUGUUGCAUUCCUGGUCAAGGAGGAAAGAUGAUGAAGAUGGACGCCGCCUGGCAGAGGAACCUCGCUAACGUCAGAGUUCACAUCAGAGACGUGGGCGUGAAAGUCGGGGGAGGAAACAUCUGGAAAGACUCAAAGACAGAGCAGAGCGAUGUUUGUAAAAGUGGGAGGAGCUGGAGAGGAGCAAGGGUUAACAGUGUGCAGGCAGAGAAGUGAAGUGUAAACAUCAUGUUUGUUACCUUUGUGUUUUUCUAUUCAGCGUCCUGUCCAAACUAUUUAUUGUCAAUAAAUCUGACACAAAAUAA